ACUAUUGUUGAUUGGAUUUACGUUUCUUCCAGCACCCGGCAGCGUGUGUAUACCGUACAUACCGGUGAAUAUUAUUUAAAAUAAAAUGUUGUACACUAAAUUCAGUUUUUCAUUUUAUAUAACAUGCUGUUGCUUAAUUUUGAGUCUUGUAAAUGCAAGUAUUCAGACAUCAUCUAAAACUACUUAUGCGGAACAACUUACCGAGGAAAAUUGGGAUCGUAUGUUAAUUGGAGAGUGGCUGGUAGAAUUUUAUGCUCCAUGGUGUCCUGCUUGUAAAGCACUUGAACCUAUUUGGGAACAUCUUGCUUCACAGAAAAAGAAUCUAAAUAUUAAUGUAGGAAAAGUUGACGUGACAGAUUCACCAGGACUUAGUGGAAGAUUUAUGGUUACUGCUUUACCAACAAUAUAUCACGUUAAAGAUGGCAUAUUCAGACAAUAUAAGAGUCCUAGAGACAAAGAUUCCUUAAUUGAAUUUGUAUCUGAAAGAACAUGGGAGAAAAUUGAGCCAGUUCCUGGUUGGAAGAGUCCAACUUCUGUUCAAAUGUCUGUCAUUAGCCAAUUCUUUAAAAUGUCCCAAGUAUUAAGGGGAAUACAUAAUAAACUUAUGGAAGAUUUUGGAUUACCUACCUGGGGUAGUUACUUAAUUUUUGCUAUUGCUACCAUUGUAUUAGGCGCAAUAUUGGGAUUGUUUAUCGUAUGCCUGAUCGAUUUUAUAUAUCCACCAAAACCUAUAAUGCUCCAGGAUAAAAAGAAACAUAGAGAAGGAUCAGGUGGAUUUAUGCAAGAGAAAAGUAUACAAGAUGAAGAAAUUGUUGAAAAUGUUAAAGAUGAUUUAGUUGAUGAAGAUUCUGAACAGGAAGGAUCUGAUAAAGAAGAAAAAGGAAAAGAUGCAGAUAAAGAUAGCAAAACUGAACCAAGCAGUCCGAAUGUUCGUAAACGUAAGCCACGUAAAGCAGACAAAGUAAUCAUGGUUAAAAAUAUGAAAAAGCGUUCAGCAAGUGAAUCUGAAGUGGUCGAAAAGAAAGCUGAGGCAGUAGGAAAUGUAAAUAAAGCUUUUAAAAAAAAGAAACCAGAAAAUAAAUCUGUACAAAAUGGACAAGGGGAUAAACAAAUUAAAAAGGAUGUACCUAAGAAUCUAAAGGUUGGAGUGAAAAAAAAUGUAGGACCCGUACAAAAUCUUAAUAAAAAGAAUUCAAAUGUUACUCCCAAAAAUACUGAAAAACAAAAAUUAGAUAGUAAAGAAAAUCAUGGGAAAAAGAAAAAUCGGUCAAUGAGUGUUAACUUCACUGUUGAUCAAUUAAAAGAAAAAAUUGAAAGUAUAAAUAAUCGAGAUGAACUUUCAAAAACAGCUAAAAGAAAGUUGGCAUUCUUGAGAAAGUUAUUGAUAGUAAAGGAGGGUAAAGAUACCACACAGGAUGCACAACAGAUGCAAAAAGCACGGAAUCAGAAAUCAGUAGAAGCUGUAAAAAAUAAACAGGUUCAAAAUAAGGCACAGAAUAAGAUGGUGCAAGGGCAGGCAAAGGCAAAGUUAAAUAAUCAGAAUAAAAAGAAGGAUGUUAACCAGAAAAAUCGGUUUGUUAUGAAACCACAAGAGGAGGAAGAAGAAGAGGACGAAGAUGAAGAUGAAGAUGAAGAAAUGGAUGCUGAAGAAAGUAAAGACGAAGAUGAAAGUGAUGUAGAAGAAGAAGAAGAAGAAGAAGAAGAGGAAGAGGAGGAGGUAGAGGGAGAAAGCGAAGAAGAGGUUGAAGAUGAAGAAGAAGAAGAAGAAGAAAGCGAAGAUGAGGCUGAAAAUAAUAAAGUUAAGACAAAUAAUGUUCAACCUGCACCAGAAAAGGAAAAGAACAAAAAUGAUGCCGAAGCAAAGAAGAAAAGAUAUGUUGUUUUUGUAGGGAAUUUACCAUUUAACAUUACUUCAGAAGAGAUUAAAAAGCACUUUUUAACUAAAGUAGGUAACAUUGUUGAUAUUAGGAUACCUACGAACGAUGCAAAUACACCGCGUGGAUUUGCUUAUGUUGAAUUUGCAAAUAACACAGAUUUUGAGAAAGCAUUUUCGUUACACCAUUCAAUGCUUAAUGGAAGAAGAGUGAACGUGCAAUAUUCUGGAGUUAACAAAAAAGAAGGUGUUGCAAAAAAUUUUAAAUUGCAGGCCCUCCAAAAAGCAGGCAAGUUUGCAGGUGGCAGGAAUAGAUAUCAACAUAAAAAUUUUGGUAACAAGGGAGGAAAAUAAAUUGACGAAACCAUCAUUGUUGAAUCAGUACACUUAAUUUGAAAUAAAUGUUUAAAUGUCACCUUUAA